CGAUGGUGACGCUGUCAGCCGCCUACUCGGCAACACUAGUGUCCUCGCUGGCGGUACGAACGUACCCGCUGCCCUUCCAGGACCUGCACGGGCUGGUACGAACCAACACACACCGACUAGUGCUGCCCGACGCAUCUGCACUGCUCGAUUUCUUCAAGGAUUCUCAAGUGCCUCUUCUUCAGGAAGUCUACAGAAGUCAUUCAGUUGUGUUGGGGUCCGUAACUAAUGGCGUGGAGCAGCUGUUGAGGGGAGAGAACGUUGCCGUCUUCUCGACAUACUUCGGCCCCAACCAUAAGCCCUGCAGCAUGGUCGACCUCGGUAAUGACUACAUGAUCUGCAGGCGUCGCUGGCGCUUCAGCGGCACUCGCCUUACCGGGCUUUCUUUGACUACCACUUGGCACGGAUGCGGGAGCUGGGAAUUCUGGAUCAGCUGAACGGAAGGUUUCUAAGCUUGCCGAGAAAGGCCUGCAAGAGCAGCGACUCACAGGGCCUGUCGCUGUCGUCCGUCUUCUCAGCGUUUGUUUUCCUAGCGACUGCGACACUCGCCAGUGUGGUCGGCCUUGCUGUCGAGCAUCUGUACGUCCGCCAUCACAACAACCGUACGCCCAAUUGAUGACUGCCA